UGUGUUGAGAGUUUUCCACAGGAACAGUCUGGAGCUGUUAGUUGGAGAGCUGCACCCCAGGGAGUAAAAAAAACUCGCUGCUAUAUAUUUGUGUGGAAAAACGUUUUACAAUUGUAUUGUACUUAUUCUGCACCAUGGCUAAAGGGAAGAGAAGUAGAUCCGAGCCCCACAAGUUGAAACUCUCCCCAAAAGAUGAACAGCUAACCUUUGGGAAACAUGAUGCACCCAAACCGAAAAGAAAGAGGAGCAGAGCCCAGGAUAUUGAGGAAGAAAUGAUGGAAGUGCCAGUGCACAGGGAAGAGGAGGAACUCACAGCAGAAGAAAAGAGAAAGAUUGAAAGGAAACAGAAGAAAGAGCGUAAAAAGAAAGAAAAACUACUGAGAGAAACUGACGUUUUGGUGGAAAAGGUGAAACCUCAGCAAUCUUCAGCAAACGAUCUUGCAUUAGAAUAUCUGACAAGGUGGUCCAAAAAACACAAGGAAUGGAAAUUUCAGAAGACGAGACAGACCUGGCUCCUACAGCACAUGUAUGAUUGUGAUAAGAUCUCUGACAAACAUUUCACUGUGUUGCUCAAGUAUCUGGAUGGCCUGAAGGGGAAUGCCCGGGAGGUAACCAUUCAGAAAGCAGAGGCAUUGAUAAAGGAAUUGGAAACUACAGAUGAUUCCACGGAGGACAGCCCUGCAAAGAUUGAACGAAUACGUCAAGUCCUUCAGCUUUUGUCCUGAAGCUUUUCAAAGGAUUCAUGUAAUGGUUUCUCUGCUCAUAGUGCUGUUGCCCUGCUGCCAGUAGAGAAGUUGUGCACAAAUCACACUUUUCCACUUCUGCCAUUGAUCUUGGUUUGAGUACUCUGCUGGUGACUAUUUUGUAAAAUUCCAUUUGUAAUCUCAGUGAUUAUAAUAAAAUUUAUAGUUCAUA